UGUUGCUCUUGUCAAACUUCGUGGGUCUUUAAAACCGUCAGGAGGAGCUAGCAGGUAGACUUAGCUAGCUCCACAUUCUUUACCAUAUUAUUCCUGAACAUCAUGUUAGUUUUAGGAUCAAAAUAUCUUGAGUUACAAAACAUUAGUUUUGUACAAUUAGCGUUUGCUCAAGUGUUGUGUUUUUUGGUGAGGGAGAUAGACGGAUCCACAACAUGUCUUGGAUGAAGUGCUACACUUCUCUGCCCCUGACAGCAGGUUUCCUGUUUAUAGGCCUCCCGUACUCCUUCUGUAUAGUUGCUCAGUGGCUUUAYGGCUGGCCCACUAAGCCUGGCUAUAAAAAAUACAUAGAAGCUCUAAAACCAAGGCGGGUUUACUGUUUGACCAUCGCUACGUUGGAUAUUCUCAAAUACCUCCAAUAUGGAAGACUGUACUUUCAGCUGAAGUCAUGGUAUAAAAAUGAAGAUAACAGGAACCUUUACAAAAAGGGCAUCAUUUUUGGACGCAGAGGCAACAAGCUGGACUUGUACCGCCCUUUAARUAUGAACAAACCUGAAAAUGGGCCGACACCGCUGGUGGUUUUUAUCUAUGGAGGUGCAUGGGGCUCUGGAGAAAGAUCCACCUACUGUUUACUGUCCAAGCAGAUGGCUGAUGAACUGAACACGACUGUCGUUUGUCCAGAUUAUAGCAUUUAUCCAAAGGGAAAUGUUUUAGGAAUGGUCCAAGACAUUGCUGACUGUCUGCUUUGGGCCCAAGAAAAUGGACAGAGGUUCAACUUUGAUAAAGACAACAUAGUUUUAAUUGGUCAUUCAUCAGGUGCACAUCUGUGUGCGCUGACCACGUURUUUCUCAUUGAGCAAACAGAGGAGCUGUUCAUAGAGUCAAAGACACAACAACACAUGACUUCAUCCAUAAGAGGAAUUAUUGGUCUGAGUGGUGUUUACAACAUCCUGGACCAUUAUGAGCACGAGCAGACGCGUGGAGUGGAAUACGUCUCCACGAUGCACAAAGCCAUGCGUGGAGUGGAAAAUUUCCCUUACUACUCCCCAACGCACUUACUGAAGGAGUUCAGCGCCGACGAGCUCAGUCGAGUUCCUCCGUUCGCUUUGCUUCACGGGACGAGUGACAUCGUUGUUCCGGUGAAAUCCAGCACCAAGUUCUCCGAGCUCCUCACCUCGCUGUCCGUGAAGGUGUCGCUCUACCUGCUUCCUGGAGUCAGCCACAGCGGGAUCGUCACCGACCUCAUGCUGUCAGACAGGCGCUUCUACCACCCCAUCUUCAGCUGCAUCAAGCAGGAGUUCAGGAAACUUCAGAACACCUGCUGAAAACAAAAAACAUUAGCCAUCAUUAGUGAUUUUACAGUAUUUAUUAAAUGUGAGCAAAGUGAUGUUUUAUACUUAAAUUAAUGGGAUAAUUGUUGUCGAACCAUUUUAAUAAUGUCUUGGCGAGAGCAAAAAUAGUAAACGUUUAAUUUUCCAAGCUUAGCUGAAAUGUGCAAA